CACACCUAAAAUGUCAUUAUGACGUUUCAACUGGUCACCAAAGAGAAGGAACUUUGUUAUGUCAUGGUGUCAUGUCAGUGAAUUGUUGGUGUUUUGCGACUAUUUUACUUACUCAUCAUAUCAAAUCAAGAUAAUAUGUCAGGAUCCAAGAAAAUGAUACUACGGGUGCAGUCAGCAGAAGGUACCACGCGCGUUGAAAUGUCCGACACGGAUGUGACGGCACAGUUGUUUGAACGCGUGUACGAGAGCCUGCAUCUGAACACAUUCGCCUUCGUAUUACACAAGGACCGACAGCGCAAAGAAGAGAUCACGUCUAGCAAGUCUCGUCGUCUCCGCGAUUAUGGUCUACAGCACGGCGACAUGUUAUAUCUCAGCCCUGUCAAUGGUGCAGUGCUAUUUGAUCAGCCUUCUACGAGUGGUCAGGUACAUGAAAACAAUAAGCCUUUUGGAGAGCCAGUAGAAGCAGGUCCUUCAACGUCUGGCUCAGAGAUACCCCCAGCUGCUACAAGCAUACCUGCUCGCCCAAUUGCAGUGGAGGAGGAUGAGGUGGACCUGCAACUAUAUCCCAUGUCUGGUAGCAUUCAGAGACAGAGAGAUGAGAAACUAUGCAGACACAAUUCGAAAGGUUGCUGCGUGCACUGCUCCCCACUGGAGCCCUGGGACGAGGGAUAUUUAAAAGAACACAACAUAAAGCAUAUGUCGUUUCAUGCUUACUUGCGUAAAAUUACAUCAGGCAACUUCAUCUCACUAGAUGAACUCUCCUGCAAAAUUAAACCAGGCUGUUCGGAGCAUCCGCCAUGGCCCCGGGGCAUCUGCUCCAAGUGCCAGCCGGGCGCCGUGACGCUGAACCGGCAGCCGUACCGGCACGUGGACAACGUGCUGUUCGAGCACCCCGCCAUCGUGGAGCGCUUCCUGGCCUACUGGCGCGCCACGGGCCACCAGCGCGUGGGCUUCCUGUACGGCCGCUACGAGCGCCACCCCGACGUGCCGCUGGGCAUCCGCGCGCGCGUCGCCGCCAUCUACGAGCCGCCGCAGUCGUCGGCGCGCGACACCGUCAGCCUGUCGCCCGACCCGCGCGCGCCGCUGCUGCAGGACCUGGCGGCGCGCCUCGGCCUGCGCCCCGUCGGAUGGAUCUUCACCGACCUGCUGCCGCUGGACGUGGCCACCGGCACCGUCAAGCACAUCCGGGGCGUGGACACUCACUUCCUGUCGGCGCAGGAGUGCAUCAUGGCGGGCCACUACCAGAACUUACACCCCAACGCGUGCCGCCACGCCUCCUCCGGCUACUUCGGCUCCAAGUUCGUGACAGUGUGUGUCACCGGCGACAGCAACCUGCAGGUGCACCUGGAGGGGUACCAGGUGUCGGGCCAGUGCCAGGCCCUGGUGCGGGACGGCAUCCUGCUGCCCACGCGCGACGCGCCCGACCUCGGCUACAUCCGCGACUCGUCCGACAAGCAGUACGUGCCCGACGUCUACUACAAGGAGCGGGACGCGUACGGUAACGAGGUGGGCGUGUCGGCCAAGCGCGUGCCCGUGGCGUACCUGCUGGUGGACGUGCCGUGCGGCGUGGCGGGCGCGGCCGAGCCCACGUUCUGGCCGCGCGCCUCCUUCCCGCCCGCCAACCGCCCGCUGCAGCACCACCUGCAGACGCUGCGCGCGCUGCAGGCGCAGCUGCAGGCCGCCGACUCCACGCUGGACGCGCUGGCCGACCUGCACGCGCUGCUGUUCCUGGCCACCAACGAGGCGCUGCCGCUGAGCCCCGCGGCGCUGCAGCCGCUGCUGGCGGCCGUGGCGGCGCGCGACGCGGCCGCGGCCGAGGCGUGGCGCGCGCAGCCCGCGGCCGCCACGCUGCUGCAGCUGGCGCGCGCCGCGGCCGACGAGCCGGCGGCGGCCGCGCCCGGCGCCGUCUGGACGUGUCCGCUCUGCACCUUCCACAACGCGCCGCACGCCGACGCCUGCGAGAUGUGCGCCAUGCCCAGAAGCAACGCGAUGUAAUAUACGGAGGUGUGCUGUCAAGUGUAGCAAUAUUAUAUCUUAUAGGUAAAGUCGACAGCCUACGCCGUGCGCCGGCGCCGUGGAGCCUGUUUAAUUUAUUUUUGUAUAGAUAUCGCGGCCGCGGCGACGGACGCUCUCGUCACGUCUACAGGUAUAACCACGACACAAUAAUUCUCAGAUCAGUGGUCGAGUCGGUCGGAACUUGCUGUAUUUACAAUAAUAAAUGUCAGCAUACCAUCCACAUUUUUAUUUGUUUCAAUUUCAAUAAUAUUAGGUACCUACUCUUUGUUUGAAUUCAUUCCCUAAGGCCUUCGGUCAACUACAACUAGAUAGUGGGUCACUUAAAAAUCAAAGUUAAAAGCUGUACGCAUGACAACUGCAUAUUGUUUUUUUAAUAAAUGGAGAGAAAUAUUUUAAAA